GUCCCGAGUGGAGGCGGAACCUGGGCGGAACAAGCAGCAGGUUUUGUGGCGACUAGCUGGUUGUGACCUAACUGCUGUGAUCUGGUGAUACUUCAACACUGCAUCUAAAGAAAAGAUGUCGGCAGCUGUGAAAAAUCCUUUUGAGCACAUCGUUGAGCCUCUGGACCCCAAACACCCAGAGCAGCAGUUUUUCAAUCUAUCCAAGCUUGGAGAUCCCAGAUAUGACCGUCUGCCGUUCUCCAUCCGGGUCCUCCUGGAAUCUGCCGUCAGGAACUGUGAUGAGUUUCUAGUGAAGCGUUCGGAUGUGGAAAGCAUCCUGAACUGGAAGCAGACGCAGUUCCAGACUGUGGAGGUGCCGUUCAGGCCGGCGCGGGUCAUCCUCCAGGACUUCACCGGUGUUCCUGCUGUGGUCGACUUCGCUGCCAUGCGUGACGCAGUGAUGAAACUCGGUGGCGACCCAGAAAAGAUUAAUCCAGUUUGUCCCGCUGACCUCGUCAUUGAUCAUUCCAUCCAAGUGGACUUCAACAGGAAGUCUGACAGCCUUCAGAAAAAUCAGGAUCUGGAGUUUGACCGCAACAAAGAAAGAUUUCAGUUUCUAAAGUGGGGCUCCAAAGCCUUCAGAAACAUGCGAAUUAUUCCUCCUGGUUCAGGAAUCGUUCACCAGGUCAACCUGGAGUACUUGGCCCGCGUGGUGUUUAACCAGGAUGGGCUCUUGUAUCCGGACAGUCUGGUGGGCACCGACUCUCACACCACCAUGAUCGAUGGUCUGGGCGUCCUGGGCUGGGGUGUGGGUGGGAUUGAAGCAGAAGCUGUUAUGUUGGGUCAGCCAAUCAGCAUGGUGCUCCCCGAGGUGGUGGGCUACAAGGUGCACGGCGCUGCGGAUAAGUUCAUCACGUCCACCGACAUCGUCCUGACUGUUACCAAGCACCUCCGUCAGGUGGGCGUGGUAGGAAAAUUCGUGGAGUUCUUCGGCCCGGGUGUGGCUCAGCUGUCGAUCGCUGACAGAGCCACCAUCGCCAACAUGUGCCCAGAGUACGGCGCCACGGCAGCCUUCUUCCCCGUGGACGAUGUCAGCCUUCAGUAUCUGGAACAAACCGGACGGGAACCAGAGAAGUUAGCAUACAUUACCAAGUACCUGAAGGCGGUGGCCAUCUUCAGAGACUACAAUGAUGUUUCCCAGGAUCCAGAGUUCACUCAGGUUGUAGAGCUGGAUCUGAGCACGGUGGUUCCCUGCUGCAGCGGUCCCAAAAGACCUCAGGACAGAGUUCCCGUGUCUGACAUGAAGAAAGAUUUUGAAGUUUGUCUGGAAGCAAAGCAAGGCUUCAAGGGCUUCCAGGUGGCUCCGCAGCACCACAACGCUACAGCCCCCUUCCAGUUCAACGGAAAGGAGUACGCGCUGAGUCACGGCUCGGUGGUUAUCGCUGCCAUCACGAGCUGCACCAACACUAGCAACCCAUCCGUCAUGCUGGGAGCAGGACUCCUGGCAAAGAAAGCAGUCGAGUGUGGUUUGAGUGUGAAGCCGUACAUAAAAACCAGCCUGUCCCCUGGCAGCGGAGUGGUGACCUACUACCUGAGAGAGAGCGGCGUCAUGGACUACCUGUCUCAGCUCGGCUUUGAGGUUGUUGGCUAUGGUUGCAUGACGUGUAUAGGCAACAGUGGGCCGCUCCCAGAACCAGUGGUGGAGGCCAUAACCCAGGGGGAUCUGAUCGCUGCAGGCGUCCUUUCAGGCAACAGAAACUUUGAAGGACGAGUGCAUCCCAACACCAGAGCCAACUACCUGGCUUCCCCACCGCUCGUCAUCGCCUAUGCACUGGCUGGCACAGUGAGGAUAGACUUUGACAAUGAGCCCAUUGGGAUGAGCUCUGAAGGCAAAGAUGUUUUCCUCAGGGACAUCUGGCCCACUCGAGAGGAAAUCCAGGCUGUGGAGAGAAUGUUUGUCAUCCCAUCCAUGUUCAAAGAGGUUUAUGAGAAGAUCGAGCACGUGAAUGAACGCUGGAACUCGCUGGCUGCUCCCUCUGAUAAACUCUACACCUGGGACCCCAAAUCAACCUACAUCAAGUCUCCGCCCUUCUUUGAUGGUUUGACCAGGAAGCUGCAGCCUCCUGCCUCCAUCACAGAUGCCUGUGUGCUUCUGAACUUGGGAGACUCGGUCACAACCGACCACAUUUCACCUGCGGGGAACAUCGCCAGGAACAGCCCCGCAGCACGCUACCUGACCAGCAGGGGUUUGAACUCCCGAGACUACAACUCGUACGGCUCUCGGCGAGGUAACGACGCCGUUAUGGCCAGAGGGACGUUUGCCAACAUCCGUCUCUUCAAUAAGUUUCUCAACAAGCAGGCGCCACAAACCAUCCACCUGCCGACAGGAGAAACGCUGGACGUGUUCGAUGCUGCAGACAGGUACCAGCAGUCCAGAAUCCCUUUGCUCGUUCUCGCAGGGAAGGAGUACGGCUCCGGGAGCUCCAGGGACUGGGCUGCAAAGGGCCCCUUUCUGCUGGGGAUCAAGGCUGUCCUGGCAGAGAGCUAUGAGCGGAUCCACCGCAGUAACCUGGUGGGGAUGGGAGUGAUUCCUCUGGAGUAUCUACCAGGAGACACGGCCGACAGCCUGGGUCUGACCGGCAGAGAGCGCUACACCGUGGUCAUCCCUGAGCUGCUCACACCCAGGAUGGUCGUAGACAUCAAGCUCGACACGGGGAAAACAUUCCAAGUGCGCCUGAGAUUUGACACGGAUGUGGAGCUGGCAUAUUUCCGGCAUGGAGGCAUCCUCAACUACAUGAUCCGCAAGAUGUCCGAGUCCUAACUGAUGUGUCACUGUGGGCUACACAGCAUAACUGUAGUGUGUGUGAUUCUGGUUUUACUACUGGUGCCAGCAGCUGUGUUUGAAUGGCAAAGCAGACUGGUGAUGAUGAGUAUUUAUUAACCGUACUAAAGAUAAGAUGAAGCUUGAUUCAAACACGGGAAACAGCAUCCGCCUCAGUCCAGGGCUCAGCCUCAGCAGCUUUACUGCUUUUAUUCUGCACAUGAAGGUGACCCGUUCAGUCAGGUUUGCCUGGCCCACCGUGCUGUAACCAUCCUGCUUUAUGAACCAUCAGCUGUGUAUGUCACAGACAUGCUGUCGGUCCUUAAAGCAAAGACGUCCCCCUGUGCCAUAAGACCAAGUGCUUCUUCAUUUUAAGGCUUCCUUCUUGUUGUUGACCUCGUGGACCACAGUUAGCAUCACACACAUGUCAGCAGCAGCCAGACCUGCACCUAGGGCUGUUCGAUGUGACCAUGUGUAUGACGAUGUAAAAACCUCUGUCGAUUCCUAUCACGCUAUCGUUUGUUUCGUGGUGUCGCAAAAUAAACUGUUUACUGCA